AUGAGGCAUCUUGCAGAGGUAUUCAGGGAAAACCAGAGAUUGAGACAAUUAUCCUUGUCUCUAAAGAACCCAGAUGACAGAGCAAUGGAAGUCCUGUGUGAGGGCCUCAAACAUCCAGAAUGUACAAUAGAGAGGCUACAGCUUGAUGGAGAGUUCACAAAUGAAUCCUACAUGAGGUAUCUUACAGAAGUACUCAGGAAAAACCAGGGAUUGAGAGAGUUAUUCUUGUCCCUCAAAAACCCAGAUGACAAAGGAAUAAAAGUCCUGUGUGAGGGCCUUAAACAUCCAGAGUGUACAAUAGAGAGGCUACAGCUGGGUGGUGAGAUCGGAAAUCAAUCCUACAUAAGGAAUCUUGCAGAAGUAUUCAGGAAAAACCACAGAUUGAGACAGUUAUAUCUGAACCUUGAUAACCCAGAUGACAGAGGAAUGGAAGUUCUGUGUAAGGGCCUCAAGCAUCCAGAAUGUUCAAUAGACAUGCUACUGCUUGCUGGAGAGAUCGCAAAUGAAUCCUACAUGAGGCAUCUUACAGAAGUAUUCAGGAAAAACCAGAGAUUGAGACAAUUAUGCUUGUUCCUAAAGAACCCAGAUGACAAAGCAAUCAAAGUCCUGUGUGAGGGCCUCAAACAUCCACAGUGUACAAUAGAGGCACUUGUGCUUGGUGGAGAGAACACAAAUGAAUCCUACAUGAGGCAUCUUACAGAAGUAUUCAAGGAAAAUCAGCGAUUGAGACAAUUAUGCUUGUCUCCAAAGAACCCAGAUGACAGAGCAAUGGAAGUCCUGUGUGAGGGCCUGAAACAUCCAGAAUGUACAAUAGAGAGGCUACAGCUUGCUGGAGAGAAUAUAAAUGAAUCCUAUAUGAGGCAUCUUACAGAAGUAUUCAAGGAAAAUCAGAGAUUGAGACAAUUAUGCUUGUCCCUAAAGAACCCAGAUGACAGAACAAUGGAAGUUCUUUUUGAGGGCCUCAAACAUCCACAAUGUACAAUAGAGAAGCUACAGCUUGGUGGAGAGAACACAAAUGAAUCCUACAUGAGGCAUCUUACAGAAAUAUUCCGGAAAAACCAGAGAUUGAGAGAGAUAUUCUUGUCCCUCAAUAACGCAGAUGACAGAGUAAUCAAAAUUUUGUGUGAGGGCCUCAAACAUCCACAAUGUGCAAUAGAGAGGCUAGAGCUUGGUGGGGAGAUUGCAAAUAAAUCCUACACGAGGCAUCUUGCAGAGGUAUUCAGGGAAAACCACAGAUUGAGACGAUUAUGCCUGUCUCCAAAGAACCCAGAUGACAGAGCAAUGGAAGUCCUGUGUGAGGGCCUCAAACAUCCAGAAUGUACAAUAGAGAUGCUACAGCUUGAUGGAGAGUUCGCAAAUGAAUCCUACAUGAGGUAUCUUACAGAAGUACUCAGGAAAAACCAGGGAUUGAGAGAGUUGUACUUGUCCCUCAAAAACCCAGAUGACAAAGCAAUGGAAGUCCUGUGUGAGGGUCUUAAACACCCAGAAUGUACAAUAGAGAGGCUACAGCUGGGUGGUGAGAUCGGAAAUCAAUCCUACAUGAGGAAUCUUGCAGAAGUAUUCAGGGAAAAUCACAGAUUGAGACAGUUAUACUUGAACCUCAAUAACCCAGAUGACAGAGGAAUGGAAGUUCUGUGUAAGGGCCUCAAGCAUCCAGAAUGUUCAAUAAACAUGCUACUGCUUGCUGGAGAGAUUGCAAAUGAAUCCUACAUGAGGCAUCUUACAGAAGUAUUCAGGAAAAACCAGAGAUUGAGAGAAUUAUGCUUGUUCCUAAAGAACCCAGAUGACAAAGCAAUCGAAGUCCUGUGUGAGGGCCUCAAACAUCCACAAUGUACAAUAGAGAGGCUAGAGCUUGGAGGAGAGAACACAAAUGAAUCCUAUAUGAGGUAUCUUACAGAAGUAUUCAGAUCAAACCAGAGAUUGAGAGAAUUAUUCUUGUCCUUCAAUAACACAGAUGACAGAAUAAUCAAAAUUCUGUGUGAGGGCCUCAAACAUCCACAAUGUACAAUAGAGAGGCUAGAUCUUGGUGGUGAGAUCACAAAUGAAAACUAUACAAGGCAUCUUGCAGAGGUAUUCAGAGAAAACCAGAGAUUGGGACAAUUAUCCUUGUGUCUAAAGAACCCAGAUGACAGAGCAAUGGAAGUCCUGUGUGAGGGCCUCAAACAUCCAGAAUGUACAAUAGAGAGGCUACAGCUUGAUGGAGAGUUCGCAAAUGAAUCCUACAUGAGGUAUCUUAGAGAAGUACUCAGGAAAAACCAGAGAUUGAGAGAGUUAUUCUUGUCCCUCAAAAACCCAGAUGACAAAGCAAUGGAAGUCCUGUGUGAAGGUCUUAAACAUCCAGAAUGUACAAUAGAUCGGCUACACCUGGGUGGUGAGAUCGGAAAUCAAUCCUACAUGAGGAAUCUUGCAGAAGUAUUCAGGGAAAACUACAGAUUGAGACAGUUAUACUUGAACCUCGAUAACCCAGAUUGCAGAGGAAUGGAAGUUCUGUGUAAGGGCCUCAAGCAUCCAGAAUGUUCAAUAGACAUGCUACUGCUUGCUGGAGAGAUCGCAAAUGAAUCCUACAUGAGGCAUCUUACAGAAAUAUUCUGGAAAAACCAGAGAUUGAGAAAAUUAUGCUUGUUCCUAAAGAAUCCAGAUGACAAAGCAAUCAAAGUCCUGUGUGAGGGCCUCAAACAUCCACAAUGUACAAUAGAGAUACUAGUGCUUGGAGGAGAAAACACAAAUGAAUCCUAUAUGAGGUAUCUUACAGAAGUAUUCAGGUCAAACCAGAGAUUGAGAGAAUUAUGCUUGUCCCUCAAUAACGCAGAUGACAGAGUAAUCAAAAUUCUGUGUGAGGGCCUCAAACAUCCACAAUGUACAAUAGAGCGGCUACAGUUGAAUGGACAAACAUGGAAAUGGAAAAUAAAAUGAAAUGGACCACAUAGCUGUGUGAAGAGAGUGGCAAGCUUUGAAUCCUUGCAAAGCAGGAAGUGGCGCUAACCUGACUACUUUUAGAAUUUCUGAAGCCCGAAUCUGGCUGUUCCCAAGAGAAUGUAGACCGUCCAGUGAAAUUUUCUGAUCAGCUCAUGGAGUCGCUCUGGUUCCUUGCACCUGCCAAUGGCUGUGCCUCUACUAUAGAUGCUGUCCUUGUUUGAUUGACCUACUGUAUGUUUACUUCCAUUCAGAAUAUGGCGAAGAAGAGUUGGAACUUAAUAUAUUUCAAGUGAACGUGUGAAGAACUUUCUUUCAGGCACUGUACAGGU